GAAGGUUACGUAGUUUCCUAGAAAUAUCAAAGUUAGCUAGUUAUAUAUUGAAGUUGAGGCGAGCAUAUACAGUGUCCUAGAAAUACUUUUGGAUGUGACAUAAGAAGAAAGGGAAAGUUGCUAACUAAGUAAAGUGUGAGGCAAGUGGUGAAGAAAAAGCAAGAAGAUUUGACUGUUUAAACCAAAUCUAAGUGUGAGGUCACUUCUAAUUUUGGCAAGUAUAAAUUGAUAUUCAAAGGAAGUUUGCUCUUGGGUUGUUGCUGAACUAUUUCUUAAGAUCACAACUGGUGUUUGAUUCCAAAUUGAAAGACAAGAGUACACAUGAAGAACAAUAAAGCAAUUAAAUUCCUCAAGCAUGUCAUGUCAGUACUAUCCACAAUGGCCAAAUCAAAAUCAACAGCCAUCAAAAGCAAAACGGAGGCCAUAAAAGCUAGGCUAAUGGUCCUAUCAUUGCUCAAAUCCAAGAAACUCUCUCUAGCUGGCCUAGGAUCUAAGGCUAUUUCUCACAAGAUCCAUUCACUAUUAGGCCAUAAAGAAGAAGAUGCUCAAGAUCGCAAAGACGAAAACAAUAAGGCCAUUGUACUCUACAACAACGCCCCUGAAACCAGUGAAGAUUUUUUACACUAUCAGCAUAACGAGGCCAAUGAAGAGAUACUACUAUUAAGCAAUGGGGAAAAUUAUGAUUAUGAUGAUAAGUAUCCGGAUUUGACACACUCGUUGUUUGAUGAAGAGGACGAGUACUUAGGCGAUCCGAAUGCAUCAGCUAUAGACAUGGUGAGGAAUUGCAAGGAGGAAGAAGGGGAGAAAUUUGUGCUAGAAGACGAGAUCGAUAACGUUGCGGACUUGUUCAUUAAGAAGUUUUACAAGAAGAUGAAAUUGCAAAAGCUUGAAUCUUUCAAGAGGUAUCAAGAAAUGCUUCAGAGAAGCACUUAAUUAAGGAGAUUGUUGAUUAUUAAUUGCUAAUUAAAGGUUGCCUGUUAUACUUCUGCAUUAUUAUUAUCAUUAUUAUUGAAGCAGUCUUCAAAUAGCAAAAAUAGAUCUAGUUAUUUCAACUAUGAGUCUUUUUUUGACUUUUGUUGAAUAAAUUUUCAUGUCCCUCGUUGCCUAGUAGCAAAUGAAAAGGAAAAAAAGGACUCUUGAACUAAUAAGUUGGGAUCUUUUAAAGGCAAUGGGCAUGUAUGAAUCAAGAUUUUGUACAAGUUUCUAACUAUGUAAAUUUGAUUUCGAUUAUGGGAUCUGUAUGAGUAAUCAAGUUGGAAGUUUGGUUA